UGACUUUGUAUUUGGCUGGGUGCUGGUUCAGGAGCCCUGUGUGAGAGAACCCUUGGCAGAAAGAGAAAAUUUGCUAGUCCUCAGUGAAGAAACAGAGACCAUAUUACUUACCUAACACUAAAGGAGCCAUGGCUGGCUGGAAAUCUUACGUUGACCACAUGAUGGCUGAUGGAACCUGCCAGGAUGCUGCCAUAGUUGGCUACAAGGACAUUACUUCUGUGUGGGCUGCUGUCCCUGGAAAGAUCUUUACUGGCAUCACUCCUGCAGAGGUGAGCACAUUGCUGGGGAAGGACCGCUCUGUGUUGUUUGUCAAUGGACUUACACUAGGGGGCCAGAAGUGCUCAGUGAUCAGAGACAAUUUAUUGACAGAUGAAGAAUUUUCCAUGGACCUAAGAACAAAAAGCUUAGAAGGAGAACCUACUUCUAAUAUUACAGUAUCCCGAACAGCCAAAACUUUGGUGGUUCUGAUGGGCAAAGAGGGUGUUCAUGGAGGAAAUGUUAACAAGAAAUGUUUUGACAUGGCUUGCUACUUAAGAAGUUUGCAAUACUGAUGCUGUAAAUGCCUGUAUAGUUCUACUGAGGCUUGUGAUUAUUUGCAUAGAUGUUCAAGAUUUGUUAUCCUUAUUGAAGACUAUAGUGGGGAAGGGGAAAUCUAAAAUAGCAUAAAGCUGUCACAUUACACUGUAGUUGUCAAAAAACAACUUGUACAAGUGGGAUGUUGGGAAUGAAAUGAAUAAAAGGAAUAUAAUGGUUACUUCUUACAGAAAGAA